GGCUGAGUGAUGUUGUGUCCGGGAAUUUUUUAAGUAAAUAUUGAGCUUGUGGUUAUGCUCUUGCAGUCAAACAGAAGCACCGCGGUUUUAUGGAUGCAUUUGACGGCAGAGAAUACUGAAGAGGAAUGAUGUCCACGAAGAACGCUAUCACGAAGGAACUGAGCGACAGCAUUCGACAUGUGCUGGACCGCAGUGCCAAGGUGUCUUUCAAGUGUAUGGUGCGCUUGGAGAUCAAACAAGACAAAACAGAGAACAGAGUGCUGGCAUUUUCUUCGUGUAGGUUUUUUAUCCUCACUGCCAAAGUACCAACCAAGAUUGAGCACUCUUUUCACUAUUUAGAAAUUCAAACUGUAGAGAGCAAAAAGCCAAAUCAGCUCUGCCUAACCAUAGACAACAAAGUGUACACAUUCUAUUCAGUUGAUCCCGAGUCCAGUGAUGUUGACCAUAUGAUCAUUCAGCUAGGAACUGCUGUAAAAAGCAUUUUUCCACAAGUGCCUUUGGAGUUGAUAAUCAGACGAGUGGAAGCAGUACCAGCUGUGAGGCUUCAGCCAAUGCUCGAGUUCAACCAGUCGGCCGAAGCCUCAGAUCCAGGUCCAUGUGGAAACUUCUCAGCUCAGUACAUCUGCAUGUGCGACUUCCAUGGUCUCCCUUUCAGAGAAGACGUGGCAUGGGAUGUAGACACUAUAUAUUUGUCUCAUGAUACAAAAGAGCUGUCAUUGUUAGACUUUGAUCAUUUAGAGGGCCGAGACCUGGUGCCAAUCAUAUCUGCACUUUGUUACAAUGCCUGGUUCACAAAGUUCAGAGCAAGCAAUGUAAAACUUGCUUCAGAAGCACUCGAACAAGUACUCCAGGUGAUGAAACGUUCUGUGUCACUGGAGGAGUUGUACCUGGAUAACACAGGCAUUAAAUGGGAAUUUGCACACAAACUUUCCAUGACCCUCAUCGCCAAUCCUAACUCGCCAUUGAACUCGUUGGACCUUUCCAACAACUUGAUAGAAGACAAAGGGCUGAAUAGUCUGUGUGGAAUCAUUGCCAAAAUUACUCAAGGAGUCGGGCAGCUUUGCGUGCCACUGGGAAAGCUGCAUAAGGGACUGAGUUACCUGAACCUGGCCCACACAGGAAUCACUGCCAAGGGUGUUAACACACUUGCACAUGCACUUUCUUUGAACCGUUCCAUGCCCUCCAACCUCACGUACCUCAAUCUCAGUGAUAAUGUCUUUAAAGAUGACAUAAAUAACCUGUACAACUACUUGGCUCAACCAAACUCUCUUGUCCACCUAGAUCUAUCUGGCACUGAAUGUGCCCUGGAAACUGUGUUUGGGGCACUCUUGCGUGGCUGCACCCAGAAGCUUGAGGUGCUGAACCUAUCUCGAAAUAUGUACAGCGCAAAGAAAUGUAAAGAGGUGCUUGUGCCACCUUCAUUCAAGACAUUCUUUUCAAGCACUGUUGCACUACGUCACCUCAACAUGGCGAAUGUGCGCAUGCCUAUGGAGGCACUCAAGGCUAUGCUUCUUGGCUUGGCUUGUAAUGAGAUCCUCACUGAAGUGUGGCUUGACCUGAGUUGCAACGACCUGAAAACUCAAGGUGCGCUGGUACUCGAGUCCUGUCUACCAGGGAUCCGCUGCCUUUACAGCCUGGACAUCAGUGAAAACAAUUUUGACCAAGAUUUGGCCAACAUUGUGGCAGCUGUUGGAAAAAAUCAGUCCAUCAAACGGCUUUCAAUAGGGAGGAACUUCACAAACAUGAAGACAAAGCACAUAACUCGUGUGAUGGAAGCAGUUGUGCAGCUUAUUCAAGAAAAGGACUCCUCUCUUGAAUAUAUUUCAUUAGCAGAUUCAAAGCUUCGUGGGGAACUAUGUCUUGUUAUUAAUGCACUUGGUAGUAAUCAGUGCCUCACGUCAAUCGAUAUCACUGGCAACUACAUGGGCCUGAAUGGUGCAAAGACCCUUGCAAAGGCCCUGCAAAUCAACUCUAAGCUGAAAAGCAUUCUUUGGGAUAGGAAUUCUACACCUGCUCAAGGUUUUCAAGAUAUUGCAUAUGCACUUGAGAAGAACUUCACCCUUAGGUACAUGCCUUGUCCAGUUGUUGACAUCACCCUGGCGAUGAAAAUUGCACCUGAACGCACCGAGACUGCCUGGAAGAAGAUAUCUGAACUUCUGCACCGUAAUGUCUCGCCUAAAAAGCACAGCAAUAGCCAGGCAUUCAGACUGCAGCAAGGAUUCCUGUUGAGUUCAACACAACAGAUGGUGGAUCGUUGGAUGCUUCACCUCCAAGAUGUAAUCAGGACGGCGCAAGCUUCAUCUUCAGAAGAUGUCACUUGUGAUGAGGAAGUGCUCAAGGCUGAAGGAUAUUUGAAGGAUGCCAGCAGUGCCAAACAGCUGCUGACUCGACUCCAUGAUGUCGUCCUUCAACAAGAAGAAGCAGGCAACCCAAUUGAAAUAAAGUUACAGGGUUGCGUAGACGAGAUGGAGAAGACACUGAAUGCUUAUCUUAAGGGAACUGCUUCGAACAUGUUGAAGUGCAUUGAAGACCAGUGUCCUACAAUCAUGUCGGAUGAGAAAGUUCGAAGAGAGAUUGAGGACAUUUGUCGAAGUCGGCAGAACUUUCCACAAGAGGUUCUCCAGCGGGCUAUUCUGGACCAGGCUGGCACCGACAUUCUAAACCGCAUCAGUGAAAUUAACCUGACAAUAGCAGCUCAUGUCUCGGACCGUAUACUUGAUGAAGUGAUUGAAAGCUUGCCACGGAGUCAUCGUGACUUGGUGGACAAACUCAAUCGUCAGCGCAGCUCAACACCAGAUGUCCUUCGAAGUGGUUUACGGCCAGACAGUCACAGUGGGGACACACAUUGUGAUCAGGAUAGUGUUAGCGAAAGCUCGGACUCACCACUGGCAACACCCAAGCUACCAAUGAAACGAAAAAGCAUUAACUGCAGGAAACUGAGGCCACAAUCUGUUGUAGAUAGCGUCGAAGGGAUAGCAGCGGAUGACAUCCCUGACCUCUUGCCCAAAGGUUCAGAAAGCAUCAUUUGCUUCACAGCAGACAGCCUGCCAAACUUGUCUCCGACAUCAGAAAAGCUGGAACAUCUGGGAAAAGCACGACCCAAGCGGCCAAAGACACAUGCACCUACACGACCUUGUCUGCAAGCUUCUGAGAGCCGGGAGCCACCUCUCGCAGAGGGUUUGGACUGCUUUUUCAAGCGGCACCCAUCUACCUCAACACCCACACUCUCGCCCGAUUCAGAAGAUGUAGGGCUGAAGAGUGACAGCAGCACGUCUGCAAGCAGCUCCAUUCUGAUUACUGAAUCCAAGCCACUGGAAAAAUCUCCUUCUGACAACAAGGAAACUGAAAAGCGCAGCUUUAUGAAGGGCAUCAGCAGUUUGUUCAGCCGAGCUUCAUCAUCAUCAUCGGAAUCGGUGGUUGUGCAAAAAUCAAAAGAAUCAAAAGACAUCGGAAGCAGUGUUAUGUCUACGUCCCUGUCUGCUUACUCUUCUGUGAAAUCAAGGCAUGACAUUGAUGUCCACGACAAGGAAAAUGGAGAAAUGGUCACUGAAGUUAGAGUAUCUGAGACAACAAAGAUUUCUGGCAUGGAAAGGUUUGGUGUGGGGCCUGGAUCGGUGAUAUUAGCUGAAAUGAAGGCAUUGCAGGGGAAGCGUACGUCCGGGGGAGCUCCAUCAAAAGGAAGUGUGUCUGAGGAAAAAGGUUCUGGUCCUGUUGAGUCUCCCAAGGAAACUGGACCUUUUCCAUCAGUUCGGCUUAAGCCAACGGGACUUGCCGAGUCGUUGCGUUCUCCAACUGAAUAUUAUCCUCGAGAAAAGAGCUGCAUCAGCCCCUCGGAGAAUGUUCCCUCUUCACCUCAGCUAAGUACCCCUGGCAGUUCACCAAAGACAGUUGCAGCCUUGAAAAGUGGUCGUCCACCACCUCCUGUUGCACCGAAGCCACGACCAAAGUCAAUGGUUGGCACAAUGGAAUCCCGUUUGUCAGGAGAGUUCUCCAGUGAUGAGGGUCUGAGGACUAGAGCUAGGACACCAGAUGAAGCAGAUUCUUUGGACAGCAGCAAUAAAUCUUCUGAAGGAGCACCAUGGAAACGUGCAGCAGUAUACAGCAAAGAUUCAUCAGAUGGGUCCCUGGUAUCAUCAACCGCGUCCACUGCAGCCAGCAGGGCUGCAUUUUUUGCAGGCUCUUCAUUAAGAUCGUCAGGCAUGGCCACUUCGUCCCUGGCCAAGGAGAAGGCAGAAGGAGAUUCAGAGGGCACGCCUUCAGCUCCACCAGCGGACGACAUUGUCGAUGUCUGAUAGGAUGCUGGUCAAGUCACAUCUGUUUACCUUUAUAUGUGUGCAUGUGCGUGUGUCACUAAUGUGUGUGUUCUACGUAAUGAGUUUAAUUUGUUUGAAAGAGUUGAAAGGGUGCAUGUACAGAACUUCGAUGUGUCUCAUGGAGCUGGUGAGUUGCUUUUUGUAUUCUUUUUACCAUGCUGUUGCAAUAACUAUUACCGUAAAUCAGAUGCUCUUUGCCUGUGGAACAGUGUGACAAUUUUUUUUAAUCUAGAUUUAAUGUAAGGGUCUUACAGUAGUCAUAUUUUCGCCAGUGCGAAAGGAAAUGUUAGGGGAUAUGAGCUGUCACUUAAUGAAAAUACUUAAACCUGUCAUCGCAUAGAAGUAGCUUGUGGAAAGGUGUAUAUAUAUAUGACCAGGAUCCUUUUACACAGCAUUGAGUACAAUGUUGUGUGGAAAUCUGCUCAUGUAGAACCAAGAAAAAUGUUAACUUUGUGUAUGUGUGUGUAUGUAUGUGUGUGUGCACAUGUGUGAGUGAAUGUGUUAUGGGUCUUGGGGCCAGUGCCUCUGCUCAACAUGACAUGAAGUCAUGACUGUAGAAUACCAGUGAUUUUAAUCCUCUUUCUCUCAGUCUGGCAGGUGGUUGCAAACUUGUGUAGGAGGUUUGUAGUCGUGUUAAAGGGCAGAGUGAUUUUAGUAUAGAGGUGUUCAGGAACUCUGUUUUUGUCAUUGAGAAAUCACCUCUGUUGCAACAGUUGCCUAGCAUUUGAAUAUUGCUAUUAAACUUACAAGCUUUGAGCAGACGUACGAGAAAGUGGGCAUGCGUUACACUGGAUUUAUUUUUCAGUUUUAUGUAUUUACUGCAGUUCAAUUGUAUGGCUCAUAGUUGUUAGCCUGUUCAAUUUUUAGGCUAGCGUAAGCUGGUUGUAUUUACAAAAACAAUAUUGCAGUAAUGUGGGUGUGCAUUAAGUGCAUUUAUAGUAUCCCAUGGCAUGUCGUUUGGGUUCUGGUUUACUUUGACAGUGAUGUAAGGCUGUUGAUUGCAAGUUUAUUUUUUCUUUUGUAAUACGUAUAGGUAGUCUAAGGAACAAGUUAAAAGUAGACAGUUGAACUUUAGUUGAAGGAAAUUUUCUAUCUUGUGAAGCUUGUUGUUUCCAUAUAUUUUUCUUAAGAAUACAAAGUGUUAGCUUCCUAAGUUAAUGGAAGUAAUUUUCAUAUAUUUUUUAAUUAAGUCAUUGCAAUUAAAAUGCGGCAAGUGCACUGCAGUGCUACUUGUAAUCUGGUAGAUUGUCACAGCAACAUUGAUGUCACUGUUGAGCACUCUCUGUAACACACUAGCAAUAUGUCUAUGAGUGUCUCUUUUUCUGGGUGGUUAUUUUCUGAGCUGUUGUUUAACCAUGUUCACAGAAUGCAACUUGAGUUCAUUGAUAAUUUGCAAAUGAAACGUAAAAGGCAUAAUGAUUCUGUGUCUGACGGGGGCUGUGCUGGACAAAAAUAGCUGUCACCUCAAUAUCUGCCUGGCAGGUAAAUUUAGAGCCGGGCUAGGCUGACUUCAGACAAUUUCGCUUUCUUUCUUUUUAGUUUUUGCCCCAUUGAGUAUGUUCCUUGUCAGGCUUCCCCAUCAUACCUACUUGCACACAAGUAGCAUCGUUUACAUUCAGCCACAGUGUGGUCAACACAGAAAUUCAUAAAGCCCAAUCUUGAAACAGCCAGCAUCACUUGUAUCCACUGCGGACAUGGUGUCUAUAUGUAUUGUUGUUUCUGCAAGCACCAUUGGAGGAUCACCCUUACCCAUACAAGUAAUCACAUAAGGGAUUCAGAAUUGGUUUGUUUCAUGCCUAAGGCACUUUGUUUCCAUAAAGAUCUUCCUUUGAGACUCAUCGAACAGUAGCCAAGAAGUUAUUGUGCACUUCAUCUUUUAUCAGGAUGGGCCACAUUACCAUGACCUUUGUGGUGGCAUGCUCUUUGCUUUGUUUAAAAUAUAGGCUCAGCUUGAUUAAAAACGCCGCGGUACUGUGAAUCAUUUUCACGGUGAGAAUUCACUAUUUUGUUUCCACUCUUCAAGUAUAUGUGGCUAAACAGAUAUAGUUUCAACAGUUAAAUUGUGUAACCAUCAUAUUUUAGAUAUAGUUUGAAAAUUGAAUUGUGUAAUCACCUUAUUUUAUGCUUAAAUCUAGCUGCAUCUUUAUAUGGUUACACUUUUGCAUCUCUGAACCAGUGUCGUGAAUUCUUUCAUUUCUUCUUACGAAGUUUUUGACCAAAAACAUGACUUCAUUAAAACUGUGUUCAGCUGCACAAUGAAAAAACUAUUUUAUCUAUAUACCCAAGUGUACUGUAUAAGAUAGUGCUUCAGAUAUUACAGUGGCUCUCACCAGGUAAUCUCGGGGGUGAAGAGCAGGAGAGUGUAAUGGAUAGGGUAUUGUCUAGCCAAAGACAACUCUACAUGGUAAAGGCAAAUUUUAGCUUGUCUACAGCUACUAUUCAGGUGCAAAUAUCGGACUGGAUAAAGGGAGUUUGAUGGGUGUUUGCAAGCCGGCAUGUUUUUGUCUUCUCUCGAGUUUCACCGCCAGCUCACUUUUUCUCUUUUGUCUGCAUGUUUAGAGUUCAUGUGCUGGUAUUUGAGUGAUUGUAAAUAUGCUUUUGCUGCAUGAAGACCCUUAAAGUUAGCUAUUUCUUGCAGUCCUUCGGUGUGAAAACAAAGUGCAAUAGGGCAUUUACUGAAACACCCGGUAUGAGAAAACUUGCCUUUCUUUUCUCUUGUACUAAUUUAGGCAUAAAUUGUUCAGUCGUAGUUUGUUAGCAUGAGUACUUGAAGUGUUAUUUCCACUAGUAUUUAAAGCAAGCUUGCAUAGUUCUGUGUAUAUAUACAGCUUACCUUCCAAUGUCACAAUUGUACUGAACACAUUCCUGUAGUAUGCCUUGAAAGGGGCACACCAAGGACUCUACAUAGGCAGCAUAGGAUGUAUGACAUGGAAAUCCUGUGCACAUCUGCUUGUAUCUGGCAUUAUGACUGUGUACAAGUGCAUGCAAGCAUCUGUGUGAAUGUGUGCAUGUGUGUUUCUGUGCGUACAUAUGUAUGCAGCGUGCUUAUUUGCCAAGGAACCUAAUAUUUUUUGACACAUUUUUUUAUUGUCACUUUUUUUGUGCUUUUACUCGGCAGUCGUUAUAACUCACUGUGUAUUUUGAUCACAUUUUUUGUCUGCUGCAUGUGAACAAGAUUGAAUGCCUGUUGUACGCUUGUAGCGUUUUUUGCGCAAGUAGUCGGCAGCCUUCUUUUGUGUAUAUGUAUGUGCGUUUAUUUUCUUUGAGGCAUUACUAAGAUGUGUGUGCUUUCUGCCUAUGUCUUUAUACACUUACUAUUUGUCAAAGUUUUUCCACUGCUUAACAUUAGCUACUUAAGCAUUAUACCAUGCACAGGAUGAUUGUGAAUAAAUCAUGUUUUUUUUAUUCUAUUCUGUGAAAUAACCAAAAUAAUUUAUGUUGUUAUGUUCUUGUCUUUACUCAGCUUCCAUGAUGAUAGGCAGUUUUAGAUUACUGGUGUGAAUGGUUUUUUUUUAUUAUUGUUGUUGUUCUUGUUGUGCACAUUUGUUUUUGCAUGCCUCAAAUGUGGGUGACAAUUUUAUCAGUGCAGGACGACUGUACUGAGGGUCUAUAUAAAUAAACUUCAGGCUUAGAAGUCUAUUUCUACUUUUAUUUUCUAUUUUUAUUUUGUAUUUUUCUGGAUGCUUAACAUUUCAGUGCAUCGUGAAGUCUUUGUGCAUUAGCUUCUGUGGGGCUACCUGUUUCAUUUUCCAUAAUGAAAGAGUUUGUGCGUAGCUUUGGCUUUGUUGUUGUUUCAUAAAAAAAACCGUUAUCACAGUUUUACUUCUAUUGUGUACUAUUAUUGGGUUGAUUUGAUCUGUUGGCCACUAUUGGUUGUGGAUGCUUACGUGGUGUGUUCAUUGUAUUAGAAUGCAAAAGCAGUUAUUUGAGCAGGCUGCGAACUUUUCCAUGAUAGUCGGCAUUGGUAUGUGUCAACUGCUGUCGUAUUAACCCUAUUCUGUGCAUUACAUUCCCAGUCGUGUUGUGAUAGCUCUUGUGAUUAUCUUCGAAGCUUGACUGUUUGAAUCGAAGCAGUGCUUUCUGUUUUACAAUGCUGCUUUCAGUUGUGAUUGAAACUUGCUGCCUGCAGUUUUUUUCUGAGCUUAUGGAUAUGGUGAUAGGGCACAAUUCUUUUUUUUUUAUCAGAAAAAUGGGAAUGGCUGGGUUCUAAGCCAAAUAAUUUUCUUACGUGUAUCUGUAUGUUCCAUAAUGUUAUUUAGUAUCUCAUAAAGCAUUCUGCUGUAUACCAUAUUAGGAUUGUUUUCUGUUGUAGUGAUAUGCUGUAUCAAUGCAAGUUCCAGGAUGCAUCCUCUCCCCCCCCCCCCCCCUCGCUCUUCUUUUUUCGGUGCUAGAUAUUAUAAACAUUGAGCUUGUAGGUUUAUCCUAGUGUUCUCUCAGUAGAAUAAGUGCUAGAAUGUGAGUUUUUUAUUAUGUUUUAUUUCAUGUGCUUGAGAGUGUGUACAAAAUCAUGACUUACGGUUUUGGAUUGGAGUAGCUGUUUCAUGCCCAUUCAAGGUAGCAGUGGUCUCAUUUACCCAUGUUUUCACUACAUCAGCAGAGAAAAAAGUUUGUGAAUCAUGUGAAGUGGUAAACAUGCUUCCCGAAGUGCUCUGUAUUGCUAGAUUUUGCUGUGUUCUUAUUGGUGCUUUUUAUGUAGACACUUCCAAACUUGGUGGGAGAAAAUGUCUUUCACUGUAUUGCAAAGCUUAUGCAAUUUUGUAUGUCUACCUUUUAUAUUCAUACAGACUCUCUGUAAAAUAUGGACAGACUAUAGGAUGUUUCCAGAGAACCUUGUUCCCAGUAAUUCUCUUCCACUCCUUAUUGUUUGAUGCCCAUGCAACUUUGGUUUGGUUCUUUGGUUGUAUGUUAAGAAACCUUUUCCAGCCCGAGUGUUAUGUAUUAUGAAAUAAAACAGGAAAAAGAAUGUUUACUGA